AGGCAACCUUUUCGAUUCGGGAGAGUCGAUUCGACGGACUCGGUGAAACAGAAACGAUUCCGCCGCGUCUCGGCCAUCGGUAGUUUGCAGCCGGCCGCUCGAGCGCUCUGUCCCUCCUUCCCCCGACCUGCCAUGGAGCUUCCUCCGUCCACAUACACCUUCAUCAUUCUAUUACUUCACUUUCAGCGCACUGAGGCUCUCUACAUCACCGACAGCAUAGAUUCCCUGCAUCAUGUCCUGAAGGAGUAUGCCCUGGUGAAGCCGGUGAGCGUGGACACAGACGGACGCUUCCUCUCCCACGCCGUCUCGACUGACCGCUUGAGUGGGCUGGAGCACCGGCGCCGGAGGAGAGACGCUCAUGAACGCAGAGGCCCAGAGCACCGUGAGACGAUCUUUUACAAUGUUACUGUUUUUGGACAGGACUUCCACAUGCUCUUGAGGCGCAACUCACGCUUAGUGGCCCCUGGAGCGACUCUGGAGUGGCACGAGGAGGAUAACCGAACCAGGACAGAGCCUCUCCUGCCAAGCAAAUGCCUGUACGUGGGCCACGUUACUAAUGUACCCGAUACCUCAGUGGCCAUUAGCAACUGUGACGGCCUGGCUGGCAUGAUCCGGGCAGGUCAGGAGGAGUUCUUCAUCGAGCCUCUCGAGAGAGGAGGCGAUAUGACAGGAGAGGAGGAGGGUGGAUCCGGGCGACAUCAUAUCCUCUACCGCUCAUCUGACAUCAAGAAACCAGCCAUCAGUCACUCUGACUACUUUCACCCCAGAGGUUCAGUACUGGGUGGUCUGGCUGGAGCGCAAGCCAUAUCCGAAGGGUUUAAGCCAAAAGUGAACGGCAGCAGGCGCGCACGCAGGCAAUCGCUCCAAGACGAAAUCUUCAACAUCGAGGUGCUGCUGGGAGUCGAUUGUUCCGUGGUGCAGUUUCACGGCCGUGAGAACAUCCAGAAAUAUCUGCUCACCCUUAUGAACAUCGUGAAUGAGAUCUACCAGGACGUUACACUCGGUGCUCACAUCAACGUGGUGCUAGUGCGAAUUGUAAUGCUCUGCUCGACCAAGUCCAUGGGACUGAUUGAGCUAGGAAACCCAUCUCAGAGUCUGGAGAAUGUGUGUCGCUGGGCUUUUCUGCAACAAAAGGAGGAUGAGAAUGAUGCAGAGUAUCACGAUCAUGCCAUCUUUCUUACCAGACAGGAGUUCGGACCAACAGGAAUGCAGGGUUAUGCUCCUGUGACAGGCAUGUGUCACCCAGUCAGGAGCUGCACUCUAAAUCAUGAGGAUGGUUUCUCGUCUGCGUUUGUGGUGGCUCAUGAGACGGGACACGUAUUAGGGAUGGAACAUGAUGGACAGGGUAACGAGUGCGGAGACGAGGUGCCCAUGGGCAGCAUCAUGGCUCCGCUGGUGCAGGCGGCCUUCCAUCGCUUCCACUGGUCCCGCUGCAGCCAGCAAGAGCUCAGCAAAUACCUCAACGCCUACGAGUGUCUGCGCGACGACCCCUUCGAUCACGAGUGGCCCUCACUGCCUCAGCUUCCUGGUCUGCAUUACUCUAUGAACGAGCAGUGCCGCUUUGACUUCGGCAUGGGCUACAUGAUGUGCACAGCGUACAGCACCUACGACCCGUGCAAGCAGUUGUGGUGCAGCCACCCUGAGAACCCAUUCUUCUGCAAGACAAAGAAAGGCCCUCCCAUUGACGGCACCAAGUGCGCUGCAGGAAAGAACUGUUUUAAGGGUCACUGUAUCAAGCUGACGUCAGACAUCCUCAGGCAGGAUGGACACUGGGGCCAGUGGUCAAAGUUUGGCUCCUGCUCCCGUACCUGUGGAGGGGGCGUCCGUUUCCGUACCCGUCAGUGUGACAAUCCAAUUCCGGCCAACGGUGGGCGCACGUGUUAUGGAAAUAACUACGAGUUCCAGCUCUGUAACAGUGAGGAGUGCGCUAAGGAUCUCGCCGAUUUCCGAGAGGAGCAGUGCAGGUUGUGGGAUCCACACUUUGAACACCAGGGGACCAAGCACCAGUGGCUGCCGUAUGAACAUCCUGAUCAUGAGGAGAGAUGCAACCUGUAUUGCCAAUCCAAAGAAACUGGUGACGUGGUCUCUAUGAAGAGGAUGGUACACGACGGCACACGCUGCUCCUAUAAGGAUGCCUACAGCGUCUGUGUGAGAGGAGAGUGCGAGAAAGUGGGCUGUGAUAAUGUGAUUGCGUCUGAGCUGGAGGAAGAUGAGUGUGGUGUGUGUGGAGGGAACAACUCCACCUGCAAGAUCGUCAAAGGGAACUUCACUCGGAGCACCAGGAAGCCAGGUUUUCUGAAGAUCCUGGAAAUCCCCAGAGGAGCAAGGCAUGUCCUGAUUCAGGAGUUUAAAGGAUCUCCUCAUAUUCUGGCGGUCAAGAACCAAGCCACGGACAACUUGUUCCUGAAUGACGAGGGCGAGUUUCCUGAGACCAGAUCGGUGAUUGAGAAAGGAGUGCUGUGGGAAUAUACCAACAAUGAUGAUAUGGAAACGGUCCAAACCACAGGGCCUCUGAGAUACGGCGUUCUCAUCAUGGUCAACUCUCACAGCACAUCGAAAGUCACUCUGUCCUACAAAUACAUUCUCCCGGAGGAUCCAUCGUCGUCGAUGGAGAACAGCUUACCUCAGGAUGAUACAAUUUACUUCGAAUGGGCUUUGAAGAAAUGGUCCCACUGCUCCAAGCCUUGUGGUGGAGGUAAGCAGUAUACGCGAUUUGGCUGUCGGAGGAAGUCGGACGGCAAAAUGGUGCACCGAACGUUCUGCGCCAACAUCCGCAAACCCCGUGCCAUCAGUCGAGCCUGUAACGUGAAGCAGUGCUCAGAACCCAUUUGGGUGACUGGAGACUGGGAGGAGUGCAGUAAGUCCUGUGGUAAGAUGGGGACUCAGACUCGGCCUGUGCGCUGUGUAAGACCUCAGGAGGAUGGAACCCACAAAACCGUCAACUCCAAAUACUGCGGCGACGAACGUCCUGAGAGCCGGCGCUCCUGCAACCGCCACCUCUGUCCUGCUCAGUGGAGAACUGGACCCUGGUCCUUGUGCUCCGUCACGUGUGGGAACGGAGUCCAGGAGCGGCAGGUUACCUGCAGCACUGCGGAUAACUCUAUCGGCAUCUGCAAGGAGACGAAACCCGAAAUAGUCCGGAGAUGUCAAGUGGUGCCGUGUCCGAAUGAUAAAGGAAACUUCCUGAUCCAGUGGCUCUCCAGAGCAGACCCCGAAUUCCCGGCUCCCAAGAUCUCCUCAAGAGUGCGCUGUAAAGGCGACAAGUCGGUCUUCUGUCGUAUGGAGGUCCUGAGUAAAUACUGCUCCAACCCGGGCUACAAGCAGAUGUGCUGCAAAUCCUGCAGCGAAAGCAACUUCACCUCCAAUCUCAACCUGACCUUCACCACCACCAAGUCUCCACGCCCUCUCCACACCACCCAGCCCGUCAGAUACAUCUCCACCUCCAUACCAAGCAGCACCUCCUCACCUUGGAGAUACCCCACGACUCAGUACCCGCUCAGCCUGAACCGAGGAACUGUGUUUCCCCACACUCCAAGCUUCAUCCUGGAGGAAACGGAUGGUCCGAGCACUUCGUCCGAAGAGGAGGAGGAUGAGGAUGAGGUCUCCGUGUCUGGAUUCGAGGAACUUUUCCCAGCCACCACUGAAUACAGCCUUAAAACCAUAAAACCGAUUUCGACGUCAACACAACCCGCGUUUUCUAGCACGAGUCUUCCGUCUGUAGUAAGUCUCCACAUAUCCAAAGACAGAAAGGAGAACAACUCCAUCGACGUGUUGUACCGCGUAGUUAACGGAAACGAAGUCACCCACAACUACUUUAUACCCAAAAAGCGGGAGAGAACGCAGAAUAAAAGAAUCCAACAGCUCCUUGAGGAAAAGAGGCAAGACUUUCUUAAAAGACUCAAACGGAAACCUGGAGACUGAUUUGGCGAGGUGGUGUUGGUGGUA